UUCUGCGGCUGUUGUUGUUAUUCUGUGUAAGAAUUUCCGCUACAGCUGUAAUUUAUCGUGUAAAACAAAACAAAGACAAAUAAUAUAUUUAAUGGUGGCUUAAUAGCGAAACUAUUGCAAAGGCAACGAGUUCCACUGACAGCAGCUCUAGCUGUUGUUCAAGUUGCUGCUGCUUUCAGUUUGGCAUACUUCUGGGCAACAUAUUGUCGCCAACGACCGCAAGACUGGGCAAAAUUAUGAACUUGUGCUCCUCGGCUGGUGCAACAGCUUCGACCACAUCAUUAUCGUCCACGGGGCACUCUGACAGCAACGGUAGCAACGCCUCGGAGUCCAUACAUUGCUUUGGCGUUGGAGGAGGAGGAGGUGGCGGCGGCGGCGGCAGCGGUGGCGGAGGUGGCAGUGCCGGUGGAGGAGCUAGUGGGGAUAGAGCUGACACAGCGCCAAACGGUUCGAGCAGCAACGGUAACGGUGGCGGUAACAAUCCGGCCAAUAGCAACGGUUUUAGCCACACACAACACACACACAACGAAAACAACGCAACAAUUAUGCCGCCCGAAACACGUCCGAAAAUGGUGACAGUGAAGCAUCCGGAAUCAAACAAACCGAAGCCCACCACCAAAAAGAUUGUGAAAAAUAUACAAGCCGAUCAGGAUGUAAUCAAAGCUCUACAGCGCUGCCGCGAUGAAGGCAUCAAACGCUUGGAUUUGAGCAAAUCCUCCAUAACAGUGCUGCCGAAUACGGUGCGGGAAUGCGUGCAUCUCACCGAGCUGUAUCUGUAUAGCAAUAAGAUUGGCCAACUGCCCACAGAGAUUGGCUGUCUGGUGAACUUGCGCAAUCUGGCGCUGAAUGAGAACUCGCUGACAUCGCUGCCGGAAUCGCUGAGGAACUGCACACAGCUGAAGGUGCUGGACUUGCGGCACAACAAGCUGGCGGAGAUACCGCAGGUGAUCUACAAACUACGCUCCUUAACCACACUCUAUCUGCGCUUCAAUAGAAUCACCGCUGUGGCGGACGAGCUGCGCCAGCUGGUGAACCUCACUAUGCUGAGUUUGCGCGAGAAUAAAAUCAAAGAACUGGGCAGCGCCAUUGGUGCAUUGGUCAACCUCACCACGCUCGAUGUGUCGCACAAUCAUCUGGAGCAUCUGCCGGAGGAUAUAGGCAACUGUGUUAACCUCAGCGCGCUGGAUUUGCAACACAACGAACUGCUGGACAUACCCGAUAGCAUUGGCAAUCUCAAGUCGCUGGUGCGUCUGGGCUUGCGUUACAAUCGCCUCAGCUGCGUGCCCAUGACGCUGAAGAACUGCAAGAGCAUGGAUGAGUUCAAUGUGGAGGGCAAUGGCAUCACACAACUGCCGGAUGGCAUGCUGGCCAGCUUAAGUGCAUUGACCAGCAUCACCCUGUCACGCAAUCAGUUCACCAGCUAUCCCACUGGCGGCCCAGCGCAGUUUACGAACGUCUAUAGCAUCAACUUGGAACACAAUCGCAUUGAUAAGAUACCAUAUGGCAUAUUUUCGCGUGCCCAGGGGCUGACCAAGCUGAACAUGAAGGAGAACAUGCUUACUGCCUUGCCUCUGGAUGUGGGCACCUGGGUGAACAUGGUGGAGCUCAAUCUAGCCACCAAUGCGCUGCAGAAACUGCCCGAUGAUAUUAUGAAUCUGCAGAACUUGGAAAUACUCAUACUGUCCAACAAUAUGCUCAAGAAGAUACCCAAUACGAUUGGCAACUUGCGUAAGCUGCGCAUUCUGGACCUCGAGGAGAAUCGCAUUGAGAUACUGCCGCAUGAGAUUGGAUUGCUGCACGAGCUGCAGCGCCUGAUACUGCAAACAAAUCAGAUAACUAUGCUGCCGCGUAGUAUUGGACACUUGGGCAACUUGACGCAUCUGUCGGUGAGCGAGAAUAAUUUGCAGUUUUUGCCCGAGGAAAUUGGUUCGCUGGAGAGUCUGGAGAAUCUUUAUAUCAAUCAAAAUCCAGGGCUCGAGAAGCUGCCGUUCGAGCUGGCGCUGUGCCAAAACUUAAAGUAUUUAAAUAUUGAUAAAUGCCCGCUGGGCACCAUACCGCCCGAGAUUCAAGCCGGCGGUCCAUCGCUGGUGCUCCAGUGGCUCAAGAUGCAUUCACCGUAUCGGCAGAUGUGAGAUGUGGACGGCGUCUGGCGCACCGUUUAUGUGGGCAGCGACUGCUACUAUCAGUAUGAGCUGCAAACGGUGGCACAGGCGUCGGGUAAACAGUCAGGCGAGCGUCGUUAAGUCGUUUAGGCCUCUAUUUUGAACCCAACAUCUCCUUCCUCCCCCUCCCCCCUUCAGCAGAUGACUGGAAUGCGUUGGCUGGCAAAAAUGAUAGCUUUAAAAUAAACAAAAGUAAAUGUUAUACCAAUGUCCCGCGUAUUAUAAAUGAACAAAACAAACUGCCCCGAUUUGCUUUUAACCUAUAACUUUUUCAUUUAUUUCGAAAGACCUUUAGUUAAUUAAUUUAAAUGCUUCCAAGCUAGUCAUAAAACAAAAACGAAAUUCAAAUAUAUGAAUGCUUUUGACUUUUUGCUUUAAACACAAACGAAAAGCUAAAAUCGAAUAUU